UCAUUCAACAUCAGUUAGUAUUGGGCUCUCGUGCGGUUUGGACGCGUUUAUGAAAAUUUAUUAAAGCGUUUUUGAUUGGAAGCGCCGGUUUUUGUUUGAAGACGACAGCGACGGCAGUUGGUUGAGAAAAGCAAAAAUCCAAGAAAUUACGUGCGCCGAAAUACAAAGUGCAUGCAUGCAGUGAGUGCUGCAAACACAGGCGGAUGUUUUGAGGUGUUUGUCUCAUUCUGUGGAGAAUUCAUAUCGGAAUCGAAUAAAGUGCAUAAAAUACAUAAAGAAAAAACAACAACUACAACAAAAGAAGAAAUAACAAAUACUACACAAGUGGAGUAUCGAAACGAAAAAAAAAGUGAAAAAAUAUAAAUACACAAAUUUGUGCAUAUCUGCCUGCCUGCCUGUCCGUCCGUCUGUCUGUCUCGGAGUGAGUUUCUGUAGGUGUGCGCGCGUGUGUGUGUGAAAAAGUGCCUAAAGAUAAAGGAGCCACAAUAACAAAAAAAAAAAAACAACAACAACAAAUUACGAAUUUCUUUCUAACUGCAGUGCCGUGCAGAGCAGAGCAUUAGCGGUGGUGCGUGUGCAUAUUAAAUUGUUUGAAAGUUAAUGCUGUCGGCCAGGCCCACAGCACAGCUGCAGCAAUAAAAACAACAACCACCACAACAAACAGCAUUCGCUUUGUGUCAGCCUAGCAAGUGAGUGACGUGAGUGAGUGAGUGGAGUGCAUCCAUCCAAUAGAUCUAUCUUUGCGUGGGUGGUUAUGUGCACCAGCAUACACCAUCUCAAAACUAAUAACAAAAAUAGCAGCAGCAGCAACAACAACAACAACUACAACAGCUGAUACGAAUAUAGUGAAAAUAUUCACAAAAUAUCAAUGAAAACGAGUUAAACGCCUUAAACAGGCAGCCAACAUCACAACUGGGACAAUAAACGCCAAAAAGUAAGUCAGCAUCCAAGAACAUAGAACUAGACCAGCGGAGCAACAGUUUUCCCAACAAACAGGACUUGAGGCCUUUCCGCUCCCCCACAAUUUCUAAGCCCAGGCCAGAAAUCACAAGUAGCCAGGACGGAGGGAAAUCUAGAUGUUCAAUGAAUUUUUUGCGGUUCUCUGUAUAGAAAUACAAAAAAAAAAAACAGAAACAAGAAAAUCCCAAAACCAACGGAGACAGAGCUAAGAAACAGAAACGGGCAUUUAGCUGAGCUGAGCCAGUUGCGAUGCGAACGGCAUAAAAGCAAGCAAGUAGUGGUCCAAAUUUGCAGCCACAGCCAGUGUGAGUGCUUAAGCUAAAAUGAAACAAGUUUCUGAGGAGGCUUUUGUGAGCAGAAGAAGCAACAGCAGCAGCGUUUUGGACGAAAAUUGUAUGCUAAACAGAAAUUGAGAAAAACAAAACAGAAGAAAACGAAAAUUCAAAACAAGACUUACAGGGGAGCCAGCCAGUGAAGUAAGCUAACAGCCAGCUAGCCAGCCAGUCAGUCAGUUUGUCUGUCUGUCAAUUAGCCAGUUUUAAAGCCAAAACUAGAAACAAGCCCCAGCAACAACUACAACAACAACAACACUAAUAUUCAGGCAACAGUGUUUUGGGGAGACAGCUAGCCAACCAGCCAGCCAGUCAGUCAGUCAGCUAAGCAGCAGCCAUUGUAGAAGUGACCUACAAAGACAGGUUUCUGAUUUUUACUUUACACUCUGUUACUGGUGGUAAGCAACAAGAACCGCUUCCACAGACCCACUUGAGACGACCAGCAAACAACUAACCCGACUGACUGCUCAGCGAGGAAGCCAGCCAAGUCGAUAGUAGCAUCCCCGCGAGAAGUUGUUGCGGCAAGUAGGCGACCUCAUCAUGGCAACCACAACCACAUUUACCACCAUGAUUCCAACCCCCUCCAAGAAUACGGCAGCUACCAAAAGACCUGGACCCCCAGUGCCCCCCAGACCACAACAGUCGAGUCUGUUGAGAACCCAAAGAGAUAAUGCGGCAGCAGCGCUGCCACAACGCUCAGCCAGCAAAGUAGGUCUAGAAUCUGCUGCCCAGAUUCAUAAGAAACCAACAGCGCCGUUGGCUGGAACAUCAGGUGGAGCUGCAGCAAAUGCUGGUGCUGGUGGUCGCACGGUUAUCUACAAAUCUCCAUCGUUGACUAUGCAAAAACGCCAAGAAGAACGUGAGAAACGCGUUGGCGAGGCAACCACAACAACAACAGCAAGUGUGGGUACUACUCCAAAUCUAAAUUCGGCAAACACAGCAGCAAUAACAACAACAACAACAACGAAAAGUAAUGCCAUUACCCAAACGCCAACAACGAAAUUGGGCAAUGGCUCACAAGCGGCCACUAAACCACCGUUAAAAUUGCGAAAAGCCCCCGAUGUGCCCACAUCCAAGGCGCGUUUGCAAUCACCAGCAACGGAGACACCCUCCACCACCGCCUCUGCCUCCGCCAGCCAGGAGGCAAACAAUAUUGUCAUAGUCCAGUCAUCGCAGGGCUCGGUGACCCUUAAUCGCCAUCACUCGAUGAAUACACCAUCGCAUAGUAAACCGCCAGUGGGCAAUCUGAAGGAUAGUCGCCUCAGUUUGGGCAGAGCCGAUUUUGAAAGGGUGGGCCAUAAAAUAAAUCUAAGCCAACUGCAGCCCACCACUCAACCCUUGCCCAGGCCGCGUAAGAUUGUAAAAAUCCCUGUGGCCACCUUGGACAUGGAUGACACAAAUUCCAAUUGCACCAAUCACUCGGCAUCAUCGGCCUCCACAAAUUCCCACAGCUCUUUGACCACCAACUCCUCCGUGUCGUCGUCGUCAGGGGGCUCUGCUGGGGGACUGGCGGUGAAUCUUUUCAAACGUUCUAAGACCACACUUGACAACUUUACCUCACGUUCCUCGCAUCACAUUACCACAGUGACCACGGGACACUCAACGGGCAGUUACCUCAGCGGCAAGACGGUGGAAAUCAAAAACAAUCUCAAGAAUGCCGCCGAACGUCUAUUUUCAGAAAUUAUGGUCAAUCAACAGAAACAUGGCAGUGGCAACUCCGAAAUGCAUGGACUGGCCAAUAUGGUGAUAACCAAACAUGAAAGAGCCAUACAGCAUCAGGCCAUGGGGGAAACUGGUCGUGAGCGAACCGCUACAGGCGCAGGCCAGCAUAAUAAUGUGACAGUGGUAACCACCAGCAACACCUCCCAGGGAACGGAGGAGGCUGCCUUGCAAAUCAAUGACAAUUGCACACGCAUUAACAUUACCACAGUUAACAGUGCGAAAACUCCCUCCAAGAUACCAGCAAGCAGUGCUGGCGGUUUGCUGGCCCCAUCCCAUCAGUUGGAGCAACGACAAGUGGUUUCGGCCUUUAAUUCCCCAGAGAAGAAAUCGGCCGCCUUUCAUGAAAUGCUUAUCUCAGAAUUGGCAGCAAUGCGUACCAGAUCAUGCUCCUUGGAAAAUUUGCAAACAAAGACCAAAACCCAAAUGAACCCUCAGCCAACAACACAACAGCUCCAAUUACAAUUCACUUCUAACACAAAGACUCAGCAGGUCUCAGAGGUAAUACAGAGCAACAGUAACAACAACAACAGCAGCAGCAGCAACAGCAACACCAGCUCCCUGCUUCAAGCCAAAAAGAUGCAAGAUGAGGAACACUCCUCCAAUCCCGAUGAUGACAUCGACGCCGAUAACAUUGAAGAUGCCGAUGGUGAUGAUGGCGAUGACCAUCAUGACAUUGAGAAUGUUCUCAAAAAAUCCCUAAAAGUGAUGAGUGCAGCAUCACAGAAUUCUCCUCGCAAACGUACACCCUCUGGCUGCUCUUCAGACUCUUCGCCCUAUGGCACUGAACGUUCAUCGCGCAUACGCACCUCAGAUUGGAUAGAGGUGGGUGAUAAUGGCAAACAGGUUACCCUAACCAGUUGUCACAUUAGUCUGGAGGAUUCGGGGCUUGAGGAUGAGGAGCGCAUGGAUGAAAUGUCCUCGUCGGGUGUGGGAGAUUCAUGGGAUAGUGUUAAGGAAGCGGAACAGCAGCAACAACUGCAGCAGGCUAAGCGCAGUCGCAGUGUUAAAAGAAUUAUGUCCAUCAAUGAUUUGCCGCCCUUGCCAAAAAGUUUAAGCGGCAUUAAUAAAAUGCUCGCAUCUGAUUCGGGUCUCAUAAGUGAUGUGGACACCGAAAUGGCCAGAAAUGCCAAAAAUAAUGAAUUCAAGCAAAUGGAAAACCAAAAAGAAAAUAGCAACAACAUCAACAACAACAGCAAUAAUAACAAUAAUACCAAUAACAAUAAGGAUACAACAAGUGACAAAAUAAGCAAUUCAACAGCGCUGUCAUCACUGGCGGCGACGACGACAACGACUGCAGCAAAUGCUGCAAACGCUUCCGCUUCCGUAACAGAAACAACAUCAACAACAAUAACAACGACAACACCUCUAAAAGAAAUAAAUGGUAAUGAGACCAUCUCAGAAAUACCGCCCGCGAUACCGGGCAGUAAAUUGGACAAUCAAAUAGCAACGUUGCGUAAAGAAAUGUUUGGACUUCGCCAAUUGGAUCUCACCCUACUCUCACAAUUGUGGGCCCUCAAUGAUUCUAUCCAAGAAUUCCGUACCAUGAUACAAGAGAACGAACAGGAAGAUGAUGAAACCUACUCCACCCAUUCACGCUCACCCUCACCCUAUGAUUCUGUAUCAUCCGAUGGUGAUGAUGAGAUAUCAGCACUUAAGGGUAAAAAAUUACUGGACUUGCAAAAUCCAACCAAUGCCAAUGUUAUAACAAGCCAGCCGAAAUUAACAAAAUCCUAUUCUUCAGAAAUUGCCGAACAAACGAACUACAACUGCAGCAACAACAGCAGCAACAACAAGCUCGCCUACUCCAGAUCAACAUCAUCGUCGGGCGAUACGGCAACGUCGUAUAACGAUCAAAAGUCCCAUUUGAUUAAGCCACCGUUGCCCAAGCCCUUGGAUGUGAAACCGGUGCCGCGCAUGCGUAGUGCUCCACCGCCGCCACCCACGCAUCGCAAGAGUCAAAAUGCACCACCACGUCCCACAUGAUGUUACCUAACCGACUUCUUAGCCGAAGUCAAGAUGGUCAUGUGCAAAGUGAUUGUGGGCGAUGCCACAGUGGCAAACAAUAAAUUGGAAGCCAAAAGGAAUUCCGAAUUUUAUGUGGGCAACAAUGAGGCGGCCAUCGUUCACCAACUGCCCCACAAGAACAGCAACAACUUGUCCGAUGACCAUCCCUAAUACAGGCGACAUUUACUACUACAUCAACAGCAACAUCAAUCGAUAUUUUAUAUUUAUGACUAUGAGGACAAAGGCAACAAGGAUCAGAGUACAGCGAAGAUGAUGAAGAAGACAAGGCCAAUGUCGAAAAAGGAUCGGGAGCAACACAAUUACCAUUACAGCCACCAUGAGCCUUCAGGGAUAAUGCAGGAUGCCCACAAGCGCCCUUGUUGUCUAAUACCAAGGGACGCCAUAUGACCGGAGCGAGUAUCUUUCUUCCACCACACCCCAAAAAAGGGGCUGUAGGUUGGAUGGCCCCAGAGCCGCCAACAAGGGUAAUGGGAUGCAACAAAUGCUGAUUAAUUGAAAUGCUUUAGAGUUUCUAUUAUUAUGGUAUUCUAUUCUAUGCUAUUAUGUUUGUAUGUAUUGUACGUAGGUUAUGAAUGAGUGUGAUUAUUUUAUGUUAAUUAUUAUUACGGAUAGAAAUCUACUAUUAUUAUUAUUAAUAUUGUUAAGUUUAAAUUGCUGUUCUUAUUUUCUUUCUUCUUUUAUUCUUACUUUAUUUCAUUUGAUUUCUUUCUUUAACAUGGGUGUCUAUUGCUUUAUAUCUAUACUUUUUCCCCCCUAUAUAUUGGAUUGCCCAAAAAGUAAUUGCGGAUUUUCCGCAAUUACUUUUUGGGCAACACAAUAUAUGUUCUCAUUAUCACAUGCUAUUUAGCAUUAUUUAUUUGGUUGGUAUGAUUUUAUAAAAUUUCCUUUUCAAAAGACUUUUUUUGGAGGGUAUUUUCUAUGGCAUCUAAAUUAAUGUCCCUUUUGUUUUGAGAAACUUACCUAUGAAUGAUUUAGUUGUUAGAUGUUACUGCAAAGGAUCGAAAGUUACACAAGGUUAUUACGUAAAAACCACACACAGAGGCAGAUGAUAAAAUAAUAAUAAAAGAAAAUGGAUUUAAUCCAUUUGUGCUUUCAAUUGACUACACAUUUGUUUGGUUUAAGUUAAUGAACUCAUAUUUUGUAAAUAUAUAUACAACUCUAUCAUAACGAUUAACAACAAAUACAAUAAUAAAAAUAAUAAAAUAACAAUUACUAUAACAUAAAUACAAAAAUAAAAUAAAUAAAGCUUGAGCAAUUCAUUCGGAAUAUAUUUUGUACUUUUGGCAAAAAUAAUACAUUUAAAUGCAAUAAAUAAAUUAUAUUCAUACUAAAGAUAA